CAACAUGACAGGUUUCUUAACCUUUAAAUCAUGUCAACUUUAGUGCUUAAUUUUUACUGUUGGAAUCGGGCGACGAUUUUUCUUUUUCAAACCUUUAUUUUUAACUAGAAACACAUCAAAUGAAUGUACUUGUAUUCAAAUUUAAGAUGAAAGCUUAAAAAUAAAUAUUUAUCAGAUACGGAUAGAUUGCAGAUAAGUGCAACACCAAAAUUGUCAUCUGAAUUGGUCUGAACUUUAGAAUCGUCUAUGUAGACAUCGAAUAUGACGUGGAAUCCUUUGAAGAAAAAUUACUUGACUCAGAGACCAACUUCUGCGCCACCACUUUUGUCUUAUGCAGAAGAUAAGGAGUUAGACACUAUUGUUCAAAAGCUCAUCUAUGUUGAAAGUGCGAUAAGAAAAUUGAUUAAGGAAAUGAAGAAAUAUAUAGGAGCUUUGACAAAUUUGGACAGAGCUGAUCAACGAUUAAGUACUAAUCUGAUCAACUGUGGAUUGGCGCAAAAUAACGAUGAAUGUAGAAGAAUAGUAGAGGAAUACUAUUCUGUCGCUACACAAGUGGGAAAAAAUGUUCAGGAAAUCAGCAGCUUGUGCCAUAAGACGUUUAUAGAACCUCUGAAGAAGUUCAGAAAUGAAUUUAUGACUAUCUCUGCAGCGAUAGCAAAGCGCGAGGAACUAGUAACCACGUGGAAAACUGUGUAUAAUCGUGUAAAAAAGUUACAAGAGAAGAAGGACAAGUCCGCGAAUCAUAUCGCAAAGGUAGAGAGAGAGCGACGAGCGGAAGAGGUGGCCGCUAAAGAGCUGAAAACUAUACAUGCUCAGUUGCUCACAGAAUUACCGAUGUUUCUCGGAAAGAGAUUGGAGUACAUCAAUCCGAGCAUUCACGCUGUAAUCAUGAUACAAUUAAAUUACUAUGGUCAUGCGACGCAGUUAUACACGCAACUGAUGCCUAUUCAGUAUUCUUCGGAAUUCAUGUCAAGCACAAUAGUACCUGAGGAAGAACAUCAGCGCGUUAUAAACACCGAAUUAAAUAGAUUGAGAGCGCUGACGAUAGUAAAGGAUCACUGAACAAGUACAACGUUUCUCUAAAAACUUCUGAAACAAUGUGACAUAGAACAUGCAUAUUUAUUCAUUGAAAUUUUCAGUUCGCAAUAAUUAAACUGACAAAUAGAAAUUUAUAAGAACGUUUAUUUCUGCAGGAUAAUUAAAUAACUAAAGUGUUUAAUUUUUUUGGCAGUAUGUACAGCGUCGGAUCUCUUGCAUUUGCAAAAAAAUGCGCCACUCUAAGAUGGAACCAUUCCUUGUCUUCUUUUUAUCUGGGCACCCAUACGUCGAUAGCUAUUGCGUCGUGUAGACUUGUACACAGUUUUCUUCUUAUUAACCGAACCAUUGUCUUGUUGCUUUUGACCUUUGCCUUAAAAAAAAACAAAAAAAUACAGUCUAAAGAGUAAAUGCUUAAUAAUGGAAGUUUUAUUGAAUCGCCAAAAUAUUAUAUCAGAGUUUUUCCAUCUAGGAUAUGUAAACAAGCAGAUUAAACAAGAGAAACGUGAUCAAAGUUAUUCUAAGUAUUAGUUAAAUUAUAUUCUACAAUUUUAGUUUUAAAUUAUACAAUUAGUAUUAUUUUACAUAUUCCAGAAUGUAAUAAAUCAUUAAUAUAUAAUAUUUUAUUGAACUGUGUAAAUAUAAGUGAUUUACAUUUCUAAGUUAAAACAGCGAUUUUGUAUAUUUGCUAAAUAAAAAUAAGUCUUUUUAUUUGA